UUAUGGGCUAAAAGGGUCAGUUGGGUCAAUACCCAUAUCUUUAAAGGACAGUUAAAAUUUAUUCUUUGUGUGUAUAAAUACUAGCUAGUUUGUUGUGCCAUUUUAGGUCAUAUUACAUUAUUACUCCAAAUAUUUAGUGCAUAGAGCUUGUUAAGUUAGUGUGAAGGUACCUUAAUGGGGGAGUUCAAGCACUUGGUGGUGGCAAAGUUUAAGGAUGAAGUGGUUGUGGAAGACAUUAUCAAAGGGAUGCAAGAUCUUGCCUCGGAAAUCGAUACAGUCAAGUCCUUCGAAUGGGGACAAGAUUUGGAGAGCCACGAGAUGCUCAGGCAAGGAUUUACACACUCAUUCUUGAUGGCAUUCAACACCAAGGAAGAUUACACUACAUUUCUCGCUCAUCCUAAGCAUGUUGAGUUUUCAGCCACAUUUUCUACGGUGAUUGAGAAGGUCAUCUUGCUAGAUUUUCCUACUGUCCUUGCCAAGCCUAUCAAGCCAUCGUCGGAAACCGCCGAGCCAACGGCUGCUUGAGAGACGCAACACCAGCACCGGAAGCUUAAACUUCAUUUCCUAGUAAUAUGGUAUUUUAAGUGGUACCAUUAGAUAUAAUAUAUGUACCCUUCUUUUGUUUUUGCUUAAGAGUGAGAUUUUUGCAUGGUGUGACAUGCAUUACCUUUCAUGUUGAUCACCAUAAUGCACAAAUGUUAAUUGACUUGUCUUGUUA